AUGGCUUCCACAACCCAGAUUAACCUACGGCCCAGGCCGGCUCAUACUUCUGGGCCAACUUAUCUUUCGUAUACCCCAAAUGGAACAAAACUGGUCACAAUUGGUUCCAAUAACACAAUUAGAGUAUACAAGACUGGGUCGGAUGGAGAACCUACAAAUAUUGAUGACUGUCAAGAGCAGAAUAUGGCAGUUGAUUCAACAAAUGAAUUUUUCGUCGCAGGCUCUGAAGAUGGAACUGUUAGCAAAUAUUCCCUCGAUUCGAUGACAUUCGACAAAUUCCUUAUGCGCUGUUCGUUGCCAGUCCGGGACGUUGCGAUAUCACCGAAUGGGAAAUGGUGCGCCGUUGCCAGUGACGAACUGACCGUCAAAAUCGUGAACACAAACGAUGUAAACCAUACAAUGUACCUCAGAGAUCAGCAGAAGCCUGUAAAGCAUGUAUCCUUCGAUCCAAGCAAUAAAUUUAUAACUCUAUCAUGUACGGACGGUAUGAUAUACGUUUAUUCAUUGUUGAACGAGGAUCCUGAGCUUGUGCGGACAAUCGAUGGGAUUAUUAGGGCCGUUGAGACGGAUGAUGAAAUUAGUUCAAAAGUCGAAUGGCAUCCGGAUGGCAGAGCAUUCGCUGCACCGACUGCAACAAGAGAUAUUCAAGUCAUGUCCAAGAGUGACUGGGAGAAACAGCGUAUCUUCGCACAUGGUCAUACCGGAGAUAUCACAGCAUUGGCUUGGUCGCCAAACGGAGCAAUGCUUGCAUCGGCUGGAAAAGAUAAAAAGAUAAUACUUUGGGAGACCAAAACACAAAAGAUCAUUGCUACUUAUGACUACGCAAAUGUUAUGGAUUUAUCCUGGCAUCCCACAGACAACUUGCUCUCAUUCACGAAUUCGGAUGGAGAAGUCUAUAUAUUUCAAGAUUUUGUACCCAGUGAGCAUGCUCACCUAGUCAAAUUAGGACGCCAACCAGCCCCUUUUGUACAUGAUCCCUUGUCAGAAAUAUCAAAUAAUGCACGGCGACCGAACGCAAAUGGCACCAAAGAUAUGCCCCUUCGAGGCGUCCGGCGUGGCUCCCCCGACAGUUUGGAUGACAUCCUUGGGUCUGAUAUCAUGGGGGAUGAAGAUGACUUUGUUAUCGAUGACGAUGGCGCUGGUUACGCACUCGGAUUGAAUGGUAAUGGUAAGAGGCCUGCGGACGAUGUGGAUUCUUACGGUGUCUCUAGGAAUAAGAGGCAUGCACAAUCAUGGGAACCACAAUAUCACGAGUCAUUUCAGCCUGGUAGUACUCCUUGGCGGGGAGAUCGAAAGUAUCUUUGUCUCAAUCUUAUUGGGUUUAUUUGGACGAUUGACCAGGGUGAUUAUCAUCAAAUAAGCGCAGAAUUCUACGAUCGCGAAACCUACCGCGAUUUUCGCUUUACGGACCAUUUACUGUAUGAUAAAGCCUGUCUGAACGAGAAUGGCUCUCUUUACUCUUGCCCUUCCGGCAAUGGCCAUCCAGCAACGAUAUUAUAUCGCCCUCAUGAAUCCUGGACUAGUGGUACAAAUCGUGUGGAAUGGCAAACAGAGCUUCCUAAAAGUGAGGAAGUGAGUGCCAUUGCACUUAGCGAUUCUUUUGUCACAGUCACUACCACCAAAAAUUAUGUACGCAUAUACACACUUUUCGGAAUACCAUUCAGAGUAUAUAGACAAAAGAGUAGUCCUAUGGUUACCUGCGCGAGUUGGAGGGACUAUGUUCUUACUUUGGGGAAUGGUCCCGUAGGUGCGGAUGGUAAUACCAAACUACUGUAUACCAUACAAAACAUUAAAAGAGACGAAAUUUGCCAAAAUGAGGAUGUCGUAGCCUUGCCAGAUGGCGAGACAGUCAAAAGUGUUUUCUUUUCAGACAACGGGGAUCCAUGUAUUUACGACUCUACCGGAACACUACUAACUCUUGUCCACUGGCGUGAGCCAUCACAGGCAAGCUGGGUUCCUCUCCUUGAUACGAAACUUCUUUCUCGUCUCGCAAGUGGGCGUAAGACAGAGACAUAUUUCCCCGUGGCGGUGUCAGACAACAAAUUCCAUUGCAUUAUCUUGAAAGGUGAUGACAAAUAUCCUUACUUCCCUCGUCCGCUACUCUCCGAGUUUGAUUUCCAGAUACCCAUUUCCUCACAGUCAAAGCCUGAUAACGGGGACGAUGAUGACGAUGAAAUGGGUGCAGAUGAAAUGAAGAAAUUAGAAGGGGAAUUCGCUCUCAAGAGCAUUCUUUCAAUAUUAAAGUCAGAUCUUGUCAAAUCCACUGCAAGCACAAGGGCAGAACGAGAAGAGUUAUUAACCAUGGAUGUCGAAAUUGACAAGACACUUUUGAGGAUGAUGAUGGCGGAAUGUAUAGAAGGCGAGGAAAGAGGCAUGAGGGCAUUAGAGAUGGUACAAUUGAUGAAGGAUAGGACAGGUAAAUUUAUCGAGGCAGCAGGGAAAGUAGCAGAUAAAUACGAUAGGACGAUUUUAGGAGAAAAAAUCAGGGAGUUAGGUGAGGAGAGACUGUUGGAGAUGGAUGAGGACUAA